AUGCCUCCUCAAUUACUACCCGCUUCCGCGGCAGCUUUCGCACCUAGAGCCAGUUCAGUCAAUGUGGUUUUAGGCUCAAAAGUGGAACCCUGGUUAACUCAGACUCUCAAGCGCAUCAAUCGUGUCAAGCGACCUCUGAAUAGCGUACCGCAGCAUCAAAGAUGUUUGACAGAAACACUAUCAAAUGCCAAUGCAAUCUGGAAUCUCACCUCGAUUAUGUUGCAAAAAGCACCCGAAGCCGAUUCACGUCAGGAUGACAACCCUCUGGUUGAAGCACUCUUCAACUACCAGCUCGUUCAUGUCGAAGCUUAUAUUGUGCAUGUGGAUAUGGUUCUAAGAAAUGAGGUCGCAUUCAAACUCACUCCCGACUCCAUUGAAUCAUUAAUCGAAUAUCACAAGGAGGUCCAUUGCGUGGAUAUUUCAGCCAAUACAUACAGCUGGUCGGAAAAGGAGCAACAAGUCAAGAAGAUACACGAGGAGUUCAUCCAAGCCAUCAACAAAUUUGUUUACCGAACUCACGUGUCUGCCCUGGAAGGAUUGGAAGAAGACGGACAAGGAGAGCUAUUAUGUGGCAAGAGCGAAGAGGUCAAAACCAAUAUCAUGAACCUCUUCCUCCCAUUACUGCCUCCUCCACCACGCGUCGUUGACGUCGUCCGUCCGCCAACACUGUUGCCAAGUUCACCUGCCGAUGCACAAUGGUGGUCACAACCAAGUAUUCCAACAUCGAUCCCAGCACCGGUCGACUCAUGGAGAGUACUGCCUUCAAGCCCAAGCACCACUUCUUCCUCCGAUACGAACAUGAUGUGGGCCAACAUGGCGUUGCAUGAGAUUCAUCAACUUCCUUCUCCAACGCCGUCGUGUAGUCAACCAUACUCAACUGCCGGACUCUAUUACAGCUCACCACAAGUUAGCGCACCUAUACCAUGUCUUCCGUUACCCAGUAUGCUAGCGCAGCAACCAUGUGGCAUUAGUGUCGGGUAUGGAGGAUUUGGAUGGGAUAGUCGUUUCCAAGACUACGCGACUACCAUGUGA